UGGUUACUGCAUUCCAUUCCACACAUUCCACACGCAGGAAGGGAGUUUCCAUCGACUGCUGCAGCCUCCCAAUGUCCCUAGAGAUCAGGCUCACUUUUUUUCCAGGCCGAGCCGACCGGGCACAUUACUCCUGCCAUUGUGGGAUCCUGACAGGGGUACUAUACUGCAUCUGGAAUACCGGUGAGACCACUGAGUGUUUACUAGACGUCACAUGAGGAUGAGACGUGUCACUGAUUCCCUGAGGAUGGAGAACGACAGCAGUCACAUGACUGAGAGGAUACUAAAUCUCACCCUGGAGAUCAUCUACCUACUGACUGGGGAGGCUUACACUCUAGUGAAGAAGACAUCCAGUGCGUGUGAGACACCCAGCAGCCAUCUCCAUGUGUCAGGAGGACUGAGCAGGACCCAGAGCCCCAUCACGGUGCCUCCACCUCACUCACUGAUACAUGAGAGACACAAUGACCAGAAGAUCCUGGAACUCACCAACAAGAUCAUUCAGCUGAUGACUGGAGAGGUGACUGCUGGGAAUGAGACAUUAUACAGUAACACCAGGGGACGUGUCUGGGUGAUGACUGGAGAGGAGGAGGAGUAUAUAGAGGAACACAGUGGUCUGAACAAGGACGUGAUGGAGAAUCACCGGCCCCUCACAUCACUGGAUGGACCCAGUAACAGAGAUACCCCAGAGAGAUGUCACUGUCCUCUGUAUUCCCAGGAUUGUACAGAGGAGAAUCACAGGAUCCCACAGGAGGAUCAGGGUGAAGAUCUUACAAAUGUGACUGAUAUGAAGGCAGAAGAUACAGAGGGAGAAGAAGAGACGUAUGUGACUGAUAUGAAGGCAGAAGAUAUAGAGGGAGAAGAAGAGACGUAUUUGACCGAUAAUAAGGCAGAAGAUAUAGAGGAAGAAGAAGAGAAGUAUAUGACUGAUAUGAAGGCAGAAGAUCCAGAGGGAGAAGAAGAGACAUAUAUGACUGAUAUGAAGGCAGAAGAUAUAGAGGAAGAAGAGAUGUAUGUGACUGAUAUGAAGGCAGAAGAUAUAGAGGGAGAAGAAGAGACGUAUGUGACUGAUAUGAAGGCAGAAGAUAUAGAGGAAGAAGAGAUGUAUGUGACUGAUAUGAAGGCAGAAGAUACAGAGGGAGGAGAAGAGACGUAUGUGAGGGGAGAUCAGCAGUGUACGGAGGAGGAAAUCCCUACAGAUAUCAGCACAGAUGGGCACAAUACAAAGAAUACCUCAGAGGGACAUUGCAUUUGGUCUCCAGGUUUUAAAUUAGAAGAUAUCGCACGAGGGUCUUCAGAAGAAAACCACCUUUCCCUGAAUAUACAUCCAGCACUUCACAGUGCAGAUAUAUCAUCUGAUCUCUCUAUUCUUGAAGAGUGUUCUCCUAGUGACUCACAUAUUGUUUCACAUAGUACAGAUCAUAGCGUUGAUGCAGUCAUGUCUUCUGAGUGUGGGAAAUGUUUUACACAGAAAUCAUCUCUUGUUACACAUCAGUGUCACACAGAUGAAAAACCAUUUGCAUGUUCUGAGUGUGGGAAAUGUUUUACACGCAAAUCACAUCUUGUUAGACAUGAGAGAAGUCACACAGGUGAGAAACCAUUUCCAUGCUCUGAGUGUGGGAGAUGUUUUACACAAAAAUCACAUCUUGUUAUACAUCAGGUAAGUCACACAGGUGAGAAGUCAUUUCCAUGCUCUGAGUGUGGGAAAUGUUAUACACAUAAAUCACAUCUUGUUAUACAUCAGAGAAUUCACACAGGUGAGAAGCCUUUUGCAUGCUCUGAGUGUGGGAAAUGUUAUAUACAUAAAUCAUAUCUUGUUAUUCAUCAGAGAAGUCACACAGGUGAGAAGUCAUUUGCAUGCACUGAGUGUGGGAAAUGUUAUACACAGAAAUCAUCUCUUGUUACACAUCAGAGAAAUCACACAGGUGAAAAGCCAUUUACAUGCUCUGAGUGUGGGAAAUGUUUUACACAGAAAUCACAUCUUGCUACACAUCAGAUAAAUCACACAGGUGAGAGGCCAUUUCCAUGCUCUGAGUGUGGGAAAUGUUUUACACAGAAAUCAUCUCUUGUUAUACAUGAGAGAAAUCACACUGGUGAGAGGCCAUUUGCAUGCUCUGAGUGUGGGAAAUGUUUUACUCGGAAAUCAUAUCUUUUUAAACAUCUGAGUAGUCACACAGGUGAGAGGCCAUUUCCAUGCUCUGAGUGUGGGAAAUGUUUUACACAGACAUCAUCUCUUCGUAAACAUGAGAAGUCACAUAGAUGAGAACCAGCUAUUUUAAGACAUCAGAUAGUCACAGUUGAAUUUCUUUGGUAGACAAGAAACGAAGUUGCAUUAAUAUUUUACAUGCAAGAAAAUUAAUAACAUUUGUUUAUUUAGCAACUUUUUCACAAUAAGAAUAAAAGCAAUUUGCAUAUUUGUA